CCCACUCCCGCCUCCAAAAUCCUCACUGUCGCCCAACUCCACGCCACCCUCGCGACCAUCCUGCUCGUCACCGCGGCCAGCCGCCACCCGCUCACAGACGCACUCGCCUACCUCCACCUCUGGUGCGCCGCCCUGGCUUUCGCCUGGUGGCUUGUCCUGCACCUUUCCUGCGCGGGCAUGAUCUUGGGGCUGGUCGGGCAGAUGGUUGUCGUCGGGGAACGGGCGGUUGGGGCGGGGUUUAGGCAUAGUCAUAGCGGUGAUAUGCCCCUAGGGGGGUGUGGGUUGUUUGGGUUGGAGGGAGCAGUGGAGGGGCUGACGCGUGUUGUUGCUAUGGCUAUGGUCGCUGGAUCGGUCGGGCUUCUCGCGGCGGUGCUCUGGCCUGGCACGAGGUGGUAUAUGCGCCAGCUGGGACGGGUCCUCAAUUGGAUGUUCCCCUACGCCGUGCGGGUUGUUAGGUGGAUGUUG